AUGUCCUCCACGCCACAUCGAAUGCGAGCCGUCACAAAUCUCGGCACGCUGUUCACCGACGUCGGCCUUUUCGAGCGGUACGAACGAGCAGCGGCGGCCGGCUUCAAUUUUAAAUCCGCCGCUGAAUUGGCGGCUGAAGAAGAUAUACUCUGUCUGAUCGAGCCGAUCAAUUCCUACACCAUCCCCGGCUACUUCCUCAACAACUACAAUCAAGCAGUUCAAGUUCUCGAGGAUUUGGGCAAGAAGCCAAAUCUGAAGCUGAUGUUCGACGUUUUCCACGCGCAACAAAUUUGCGGGCAGCUGACGGCGACGGUGCGACAGUUGCGGCAUUAUAUUGGUCAUAUUCAGAUAGCCCAAGUGCCAGCGCGCGGGCCGCCGGAUAGCCCUGGAGAAAUUGAUUAUCACUACGUGUUUCAGAUGCUAAAAGACGAGGUGAACCACCUGUCCAACAUCGGCUGCGAAUACAAUUAUAACGGAGAGAACUUUGAUUGGGUCUCCGGGCUGGGAUUAGAGUUU